AUGGAACAGUUUUUAAAAGACAGUCCAUCAGACUUUAGCACGUUUGAUGAAAAAUCUAAUUUUCAAUCAGAUAAUAAUAACAACAAUAAUAACUACAAUAAUCAAUUAAAUGAUCAAGAUUUACCAAAUUUUACAUAUAAUCCAAUAAAUGAUGAUGAUAUAAAUAACUCACAAUCAUUUGGUUUAAAAUAUGAAGAUGACGAUCAAAAUAAUUCUGGUAUUCGUAAUGAUUAUUCAUUAAAUUUAGAUUACUCCGGUGAUACUAAUAACAAUAAUAAUAAUAAUAUACAGAAUGUUAACAAUAACCUAAAUUUCGAUCAAAAUUAUAUAAAUUCAAAUGAUAGCGGGAAUUAUUAUAAUAGUAGUAUAAGUAAUCUUAAUACAUCAGAAUCUGGAUUUAAUUCAAAUACUCAAUUAUCAGGAAGUGAAUAUUUAAGUCCAAAUAGAUAUCCAAAUGAUCAACAGCAACAUCAACAUCAACAACAACAUCAAUCAAGUGAUUCAUCUAAUUUAUAUAACCAGAAUCUGAACCUCCAACAACAACAACAAUCUCAAUUAGAAUCUAAUUUUGCUGGUUCAAAUCCAGGAUCUUUUACAAGUGAGCCAUUCUUAGAUGAUAUGGCAUUCUCCCAAGCUAUAUUAGGACCUCAAUUAAAUAUUCCACAAUAUUCAAACAACAGCAACAAUUUUAGAGAAAGUUUAUCACCACAACCAUUAUCUCCACAAUUAAGAAGUUCAUCAUCACAACCAUUUAUGAAUAUAUCAAAUUCUGCGAAUUUAGAUGAAUUAAUUUCACCUGGAAAAAAUUAUGAUGAAAAUUCAUUUUUAAAUCCUCAAUAUUUUUCACCACCUACGAGAUCAUCAAAUAAUUUUAAUUCGUUAAGAUCUAUAGCUGAAGAUUCUUAUGGAAAUAGUGAUGGGAAUUUUAAUAACAAUGGUAAUAAUGUUUUCAGUCCAACUGAAUUAUCAAGACAUGGAAGUAUAAGUGGUCCAUCAUACAAUAAUAACAAUCAAAUACCUCAAUCUAAUUCAUAUAUAUCGCCACAAUUGAAUCCUUCAUCUUAUGUAUCACCAGAUUUCAACAAUGGAUCUUAUUUAAAUUCACCUCCAAGAUAUAGUACUCAGAGGAUAAAUCAUUUGAAUUUAAAUCAACCAGCAUCAUCUACUUCUCAAAAUCAACAACAACAAGAGCAACAACAACAACAACAACAACAACAAAUGAGUUCCUCAAUUCCAAACCAUGCUUCAAUAAAACGGGAGAACUGGUCAUCAUUAUCACCACCCCCAUCACAACAAUCAAUGUUAAGUACAUCAGUACCCAAUUCUUCAAAACAUUCAAAAGAUACAACCACCACAAAUUUAUCAUCAGCAGCAUCAUCAUCAUCAAAUAUCCCCACAAAACAACUCUCCAAAGAAGAAAAAUUAAAAAGAAGAAGAGAAUUUCAUAAUGCAGUAGAAAGAAGAAGAAGAGAUUUAAUAAAAGAAAAAAUUAAAGAAUUAGGUAUAAUUGUACCACCAUCAUUAUUAAAUCCUCAAUUAAGUGCUGUACAAACUUUACAAAGACAACAAAAUAUUGAUUCUCAAGAUUUACAAGAUUUAAUUGGGUCAAUAAAAGUUAAAGAAACUAAACCUAAUAAAUCCACUAUUUUAAAUAAAUCUGUGAUUUAUAUGAAUCAUUUGAACUAUGUUUUGAAGCAACAAGAAAUUGCAAAGUCUAAAUUGAUUCAACAAAUUAAUCAAUUGGAAAGUGGAACAAAUGGUGGUGGUGGUGGUGGUAGUAAUUGGAGUUAA